AAUACACUUCCGGGUUUUGUACCCAUUGUUGUGGCUUUGUCUCGUUUCUCGAUUUACUCUGGCCGUGUAGCCCAGAAACUGCUACAACCUAACCAACAGAAGCCUGAGAUUGAGAAAGAAAUCUGACUACAAUCCAACUAGAGAAGUUUGGCCAGGGAAUUGAGAAACGUGCAAUAUGGGAGACGCGGCGGAGGAGAAGGAAACAGUAAUUGUAACAGGGUUUGGUCCUUUCAAAAGUCAUGAUGUCAAUGCAAGCUGGUCUGCCGUGAAGGAGCUGGAGAGGUUGGGCCUGGAUGAUAAGUACAAUCUAGUGGUGGCAGAAAUUCCUGUCGAAUAUGACACAGUCAAUGAUAUUAUUCCAAAAAUGUGGCGGUCACAUAAACCGCAUCUUGUUGUCCACGUUGGUGUGUCAGGCAUAGCCAGGAACCUCACCCUUGAACAAUGUGCCCAUAAUGACGGAAUUACCAUGGAAGACGUGAAAGGCAGGGUGCCACUAACCCACUGCUGCAUUGAGGGCAGCCCAAAGAAACUGACGUCAGAACUACAAAUGAAUGUCAUUUGUGAUAAAGUGAAUCGCUGCGGUUGUGGAGUCACUAGUGUGGUGUCACAUGACCCUGGAAGGUACUUAUGUAACUACAUCUUUUAUAAGUCCCUGGAUAUCGACCCAUCACGGACUGCUUUCAUCCACGUUCCUAUCUUAGGCAAUCCCUACACAGCUGAAGAACUCGCCAUCGGCCUUAAGAUGUCUGUUAUGCAAAUGCUGGAGCAGCUUUCUUGAAAUUCCAUCAUGUUGACUGACUUUUAACACCAUCCAAUAAUUGGACUGCAUCCUAGCGAAAAUAGAUAAGACAUUAAAUGAUCAAUACUCUGGAGCUGACAAGGAGAUUUUAAAAUUCUAACAUCAUGACCCGUUUAUGUUAGAGGAGGAAUAGCAUGUGGGAAAUUCCCUAUUUGGGUCAGGAUCGCUGCAAAAAGAUCACACACAGUUUUCUUUCACUCCGAGUUGAGAGAAAGUUUCACAGGCUUUUGAUUGAGAUUAACUUGUACGAAGGUGUGGCUUUCUAACUGUUGAACUGCAGUGUUAUAAAUGAUCACGGUUCAAGUAAAUCAAGAUGAUAAAUGAUAAUUUUUGUCUUCUCUAUUUUGUGAUAUCAUUGCUCUUGUAAAGAACUGGGAUGUCAUAGCAUAUAUUGAUAUAUAUGCACUGUUUUUACCAAUCACCGACAUUACUGUAAUAGCCAUAUUUGAUUGUUUGUGCUUUUGGUUAGGAUGUAAUCCUUGUCAUUUCACCAGUGGUGAUUCAACCAAUUUGGUAAUUCAUUGUAAAAACAUGUUAAUGAUAAAAGGUGGCGUGUCUCAAGAUAUUGUUGGGACAGCAAUAUUGAUAGUUACUGAGUCCCCUGUAGUGUAAGAGGGCAGUUCUUGGGAGGCUCAACAAAUUUACACAUUCUACAAACUCUUGAAUGCCUACAGCACCUUUGCAAAGGAACUCUGUUCCUAUCUUGUUGCCCAGCAUUGUCUUGAAUCUGUUCACCUUUAAGAGACACCCACUUCAAAAUGUGUUUUGUUAAAUUUUACUUAACCUUUGUUGUAAUCACUUGUACAGAGAAGCACACACCAAUCACAUUUGUUGCUUGACAGGCCUGUACUUUACCCACAGAAACAUACUGUUCACAGUGGGUUCAAUUGAAAUUUUCUGCUGGGAACAUGUAAACAAUGACUGAAGAAGCUAUAUGGCUGUUCUCGUCAAGUUGGUGUUUAUAAAAUUCAAUAUCAAGUUUAGUAUAUUCAGUAUUUCUAGAGACUUAGUCAUUGGAGAACGAUACAUUGCUUUACCCCUCAAUCAUACUUCAUAAUUGGGUAGAGCAAACUUAUGUCUUUGAAAAUACAAUAAGUUGCUCCAAUUACAUGUAUGUUGGAAGCCCCUUCAGUUGUUAUUAAAAUAAUUCUUUGUAUAAAACCACUAUCAUCUGGUGCUUUUGCCAAUUUUCUGGCCGUUAACAUCUGUCACUUUUUGACAUUGAGAAAAUUUAUAAUGUUACUACGUAGCAAUGUACUUUAAUGAAACAUUCCAUGAUUUCACUAGUGUUAGACCUCACAUUUGGAACCCAGAUAAUCAUGGUUUGUAAUGCUUUUGUUGCCAUGGCAACAUUUAUGUUUAAAGUAUGCUUCAAAGUAGUAAAUGCAUUUUAGCCCUGGAUUAGAUUUAUGUGUUUUAUUUCGUGAAUUAAAUCAGUUAGUAUUGCA